AUGUUGCUGUCCGGCCCUAACUUGACUAACAUUAUUGUUGGUGUACUGUUACGCUUUAGAGGUGAUGCAUUUGCUGUGAGUGCUGACAUCGAACAAAUGUUCUAUCGGUUUCUUGUGACACCAGAUCACAGGCGAUUCCUGCGUUUCUUCUGGUAUAAGGAGAACAAUCCUAUUUUUCCUCUCAUGGAGUAUCAGAUGAGAGUUCAUGUUUUUGGCAAUCGGCCUUCACCUGCUGUUGCAACAUACGGGCUACGCCAUACAGUGCAAAAGGCAGACAAAGAUGUUCGACAACAUGUACACAGAGACUUUUAUGUAGACGAUGCCUUUAGUUCUCUCCCCACAAGGGAACAAGCUGUCAGUCUUCUCUCCAGGACACAGGAGAUUUUGAAGGAAGAGGGAGCCAUCAGACUACAUAAGAUUGCCUCUAAUGACGUCCGGAUCAUGAAUGAGUUCCCUAAGGAGGAUCUUAGUAAAGACCUAAAGAAUCUGGAUCUUGAUUCAGAUAGCUUACCUCAACAGUUGAGUCUCGGAUUGACGUGGGAUCUGCACUCGGACGUGUUCCAGUUUUCUGCUCCAGAUGUACGAAAACCUUUCUCUAAAAGGGGAUUGCUAUCAGCAAUGAACUCGGUAUAUGAUCCCUUAGGUUUCUUGGCACCGUUCUCGGUCAGCGGAGAGAUGCUUCUCAGAGAAGUAUGUUCAGAUGGAUCAAGUUGGGAUGACGAACUUCCUAUAAAGUUUUUGGAGCAAUGGAACGCUUGGAAUGAUGCUCUCCAUCAGUUGGAUGGUUACCAGGUUCCAAGGAUGUUCAUCAAGUCAUCACUCAGUUUGUUACAGAAUCCAAGGGUAUACAUCUAUUCAGAUGCCUCUGAAAAAAGUGUAGCUGCUGUUGCCUAUCUUGUAUCAACCGAUACUCCCAAUGACAAGGACAUUGGCUUUAUUAUGGGUAAGGCUAAGGUAGCACCCAAGAAUGGACACAGUAUUCCAAGACUAGAACUCUGUGGAGCAGUGCUUGGCGUAGAGCUAGCACAGUGCAUAGCAGAACAUUUGGACAUUCCACCUUCUGCAUUUCGGUAUUUCACAGACAGUAAGGUGGUACUGGGAUAUAUUCAUAACAGGACACGAGGAUUCUACACCUACGUAAGUAACAGAGUAGCUCUUAUUCAUGACUUUUCUGAACCGGACCAGUGGAAUUAUGUUCAUACUGAUAGUAAUCCUGCAGAUACUGCGACCAGAUCUUCGCUACAUAAUGUAAAGUCUGCUAUUGUAAAGUGGCUCUCUGGACCAGCGUACAAAUUACUCGAGGACAAGGGAGAUAAGGGGGUCUUCAGUCUUCACAACCCUGAAACAGAUGAGGAAGUUCGACCUGAAGUUUCAGUAAAGUUCACGUCUGUCGAGUCAUCUACUCGACCAGAUUCUGCCUUGUUUGAGACAUUUUCGUCUUGGAAAAUACUGGUUGCUACUAAUGCUAUCUUGAUUCAUGUUGCCAGAACGUUCAAGAAAGAAACCAAGUGUGGACAUACGUCCUGGCAUGUUUGUGAGGUAAGUACCUCACCGGAGCUGAUUAAAGCCGCAGAAUCUCUUCUCAUAGGAGCUGUUCAGAAGAAAUUCUAUUCAGAGGAGAUUCGUGCGCUUGAAUGUGGGAAACAGGUUCCCAAUGACAGCACUAUACUCUCGCUGUCCCCUUAUUUGGAUGAAAAGGCACUACUUAGAGUAGGAGGCCGUAUGAACAAAUUGAGAAUCAAGGUUCAACUAGAGUCGGUCAACCCUAUAAUCAUAUCUAAGUGUCACAUCGCGAAGUUGCUCGUACGCCAUUAUCAUGGGCAAGUUUUUCACCAAGGACGACACUUUACAGAAGGUUCGUUGCGUUCAAACGGAUUUUGGCUUAUUGGAGCCAAGAGACUUGUGUCAUCUGUGAUAGGUCAGUGUGUUGUAUGUCGGAAACUUCGGGGUAAAUUGAUGCAUCAAAAGAUGGCAGAUCUACCUGAAGAGAGGUUAACUCCUGGACCUCCAUUCACCACAGUUGGAUUUGACGUUUUUGGACCGUGGGAAGUUGUGACUCGCAAAACACGUGGAGGUGCAGCAAAUAGUAAGAGGUGGGCUGUUAUGUUUACAUGCAUGACUAAUCGUGCAACACACAUUGAGGUAAUUGAGGACAUGAGUGCGUCGUGCUUCAUCAAUGCGCUCAGUCGUUUGAUUGCUAUCAGAGGACCUGUAAAGACUUUGUGGUCUGACAGAGGAACCCAUUUUGUAGGUGCUGCAUCGCUAAUCAAAGCACAUGUGAUUCAUAUUGAGAGUCCGCCUGUCCAGACUUGUCUGAAGAAUUUAGGGAUUGUGUGGCGCUUCAACUCUCCGCAUUCAUCCCAUAUGGGAGGAGUUUGGGAAUGA